AGCAUGACUAGACAACUAACACUCUAACAGAGCAAAUCAAAUGUGCGGUUUGAAAAAUACGUAUUGCCGUCUAGAUGUCUAUCUAUCAUAAAUGUUCUAAGAUUGAAUAAUACAAACUCCUUCUAAUAAAAAAAAUGGCGUAUACAAUACAUAAAUUUCGUGAAAACAAUGGCACCUUCAGUUGCUAGUAUAUCCUUAAAAAGCUUGUCCAUAAUUAUUCGCUUGAAAAUUCAAUUCAUUGUUUCCCUUUUUUUACUUGGGACAAAAUUGUUUUCCUUUGAGUUGUUUUAAAAAAACUCUCAAGAUUUUCAAGAGCCUCUUUAGGGUAGUAAUUUUGCUUGGUUAGUAAAUUGUGUGUUUCAAGGGCCUCUGAAGGGUAGUAAUUUUGACUUUCAAUGGGUUUGGUCUGCUUUUUCACAAGUAUCUCUUGGAUUCCUUUUUUUUUUCAUUAACCUGUGUUUGGCUACAAAGACAAAAAUAUUAUUGUUAAUUUCAUGAGGAAUCAUUACUUGACUUUUCCACAAAACCCACUUUUCAGUCAAAUAUAUAAUUUCAAAGCAUUAGAUCUCUCCAUAAGGAUAACCUUGCUUAUGCUCCUGGUAAAGCCUUAAGGUCUAAGGUUCUUCUUGCCACUGCUUGCAGCUUUUGUAUGUACCACUUUACAUUGAACUUUACCAAGUCUUUUACUUAAACCUUCAGAAGCUUCUCUUUUACCAUCUCAAGAAAUGGUCCCUCAUGGAAGAUCAACAACAAAAACAACAAGAAAGAAGACAAGUAGAAGAACAACAACAACAACAAAGCCUACAAGAAGACCCUUCAAGAAGCAGCAUCCACAGAGCCAAAAGCUAGAAGCUUUCUCUGCAAACUCCUCUUCAUCAAGCUCCAAAGACUCCUCCAAGGAUUCUGAGGUGGCUGAAGUCUCUACCAUCAGUGUUUGUUGCUCCACUCCAAAGGGUCAAAAGUUUAAGAUACCAGAAAUUUCAACAUGUCCACCAGCACCUAAGAAGCCAAGGGUGCUCUCAAAUCGCUCUUUGAGAAGAUCACCUUUGGCUUUUUUUGCACCACUGGACUUGGAGGUCUUCUUCAGUGUUGCCCUUCGAGACGUUCCGGUUUCAUUUGUUCGUGUUUGAUUUCACGAUUUACACAGAAUUGAUGUCCUGUUUGCUUAGAAGCUAACACUUGUAGCUUAUAAUCAAAAGUGAUUCCAAAGUAUUUCAACCGUGAAACAAAACAUGCUAGUAUAGUAGAGCACAUGACACUUUAGAAGAUGGUCUUUUGAAGUGAUUCUAGUUUCUUUUCUCUCAUCACACCUCUUGUAAGAGGUAUAUGCUUGAGAAAUUUAGAUUUUGAAGUGAUUGAUCUUAAGGGGGGCAGUUAUAUUCAUCCCUUCCUUCUGCUAAUUUUAGCAGGGUUGACACUAGUUUUAGAUUUUAGGUUUUUUCCCCCUCUCUUAUAGAAGAUAUAUGAUCUGACCUUAAAGUGUGCUGAGUGCAAGUGUAUUGGGUUUGAUUUGAGGUUUGUAAGUGUUAAUUAGAGCUUGAAGUUCUACAAUAGCUACAUGUUUGUUAAGCAGUCUCCUUGAGAGAGAUUUAUUAAAGUUAUAAGCUUUCUUUCUCUUAUGCAAA